AUGUCUCUGGUGCUUGACGUUUGGAGUUGUUCCAAUUUGGUGCUGAACCGAUGGAAGCUGGCUAUAUUUCCAGUUGCAUGGGAUACGCUUUCCGGCAUCCAACCCGUGGAUUUCAGGAUCUCCGUCUCCUCCGCCGCCCUCCCUACCGCCCGCUCCCUCGUCCAGUCCAUCCUCGCCGCCGCCUCCUCCAACCUUAACCGCUCCAAUGCCGCCCGCAACUGCCUCGAGCACCUCUCCCUCUCCGACCGCCGCCUCGCCGCCGCCGCCACCACCCUCCCUCGUGGCCGCGCUGCCGACGGCCACCAGGAUACUCUCUAUGCGCGGUCCCUCCGGCAGCUGUACCGCCGCUUCCGUAUCUCCGGCACCGUCGAUUUCGUCUUCGGCAACGCCACCGCCGUGUUCGACGAAUGUCUCCUCGAGGUGGUGACGCGGGCGGAGGGGCCGGGGAAGUCCGGUAGCGACGCCGUGAUGGCGCAGGGGCGGACGGACCCGGUGCAGGCGACGGGUUUCGUGUUUCACCGUUGCGCUGUUAAUGGGAGCGAGGAGUUCUUGACAGCGUUUAGGAGGAAGCCGAAGGCGAAUCGAUGGUGA